UAAUAAAAGGAAAUCACCUGAAGCCAAGAACUUGCUACCAAACAUACACACAGAAUAGUUACUUAAUUAAGAAAUUAUUUGCAAGAUAUGUUUUAAGGUAGGAAUUAGCAGUGAAGAAGAAAGAACGACAAUGUUUUGCUUAUGGGAGGCACACAAUCCCAACCAUAAUCAACAUGAAUUUUCUUGCUAGAAUCAGAUUUUUUUCUCAGUAAGAUUUAGGACCUGUGUGAGAUUUAUUAUAUCAUUUUCAGUUAAAUACCAUAUUAUUUGUGUUCCCUAAAGGGCAAAAAAAUGCCUUCUCAGCUGUGACUGUCAGAAGUGGGCUGAGCUGGUGGACAUUUAAGAUGGAAAGGAGGACAGCAGUACAGCAGUUAGCUGUCCUCAGUUAGCAGUUAGUCCUCUUUGUCUGCAUGUAGGUGGAAAAUGACGGAUUCACAGAAAAAAAAAAAAAAGUAUGUAUUUAUGUGGAAGAGGGCUACUUGUUUAACAUGUUUCUUUAAUAACAGGUUUUGAAGUGUCACACCAUGUCUCAGUCCUUGUUCUCUAACUAUUACAGUCUUUGAAAAGAUACGUGUGACAGACAAGCCUGGAGAAACUGCAUGGCUUUUGGACUGGUCUGUCUUUUUUGACCUCCUCAUGCUGGGCAAUCUCAUCAGUAACUGAAAUUUCAAUUGGUGCAGUCCAUGGGACAGUAAAUAUCUUUCUACUACAGCAGUAACAGGAAUCCCUUACUAUGAAGAGAUUCGUUUAGGUCUGAAAGAGAUCCUACAGACAUGGACCGCUAUGAUGAUGUUGAAAGUAUGACGCCCAGUACCAAAAGCUGCCUCGCCAAAGCAUGACAGAUGCGCAGAAGGAUGGUGGUCAAAGGUGUAAGUUAGUGAUGGGGGAAGAGAGUGAAUACAACUGGGCUGGUGAGCAGGGACGUGUGGUGAGGUGAGAGCAGUCCUCUUCCAUACACGUGCAAGUAUGGACAAGGAUUUAUGUGUGGAAAUGGCCUUGGGGGACCAAGCCUAGGAUACAUGGACAUAGCCUGGGGAGGAUGAGAGAAGUGGGCGGGUGUUGAGAAGGAGGAGCCAGGUUUGCUGUUCUUCCCCUUUCCCCUUGCCUUUUUCUGCUGGCCCCUCCUGACACACGACACCAAUUCCUGCAGGAGCUUGCAGCCCAGCCGCUCCCUCCUCUCCUCACAGAGCAUCCAGCACAGGCAGGACAAGGUGGCUGACAGCAGGCCCAGGGCAGCAUCCUGCAUCUCUGCAGAGCCUGCUGCUUAGGAGCAUCAAGGAAACAGAAACCAAACAAAUUAUGUUCUUCAGAUUCUGGUGGCUUUUGUGGAUACUUGAACACCAUGAAUUUUUGGCAGAAAAUCUCAGGGAAGAAAAGAGAUACGGAUUGAGAAGACCAAAACCUAAACAUAUUCUGUCAAAUAUGGUAGAAAAAUAUCCCAGCCCAGGUGAUCAAGAUGAAGACUGCAUUCUGGAAAUUGCUUUUUUACUGGACAGCUCCGAAAGUGCUAAGGACUAUAAUCAUGAACAGCAGAAAAGAUUUGUACUGGAAACAGCAGACAGAAUGAAAAGUCUGCAGCUUAGUUCUGGACGUACUCUUAGCUGGAAGACGGCCUUACUUCAGUACAGCAGCACUGUUUUCAUAGAGCAAACUUUCCAUGACUGGAAAGGUCCUGAAGCAUUCAAAUCCCACAUUGCUCCCAUCGCCUACAUAGGUCAUGGCACCUACACAACUUAUGCUAUCACUAACCUUACACAACUCUACAUGACUGAAGGGACUCCUGGUAGUCUGAAAGUAGCAGUGCUCUUCACCGAUGGAGUGGACCAUCCAAGAAACCCAGAUAUUUUUGCAGCUACAGCUGAUGCUAAACACCAAGGAAUUGUAUUUUUCACAAUAGGGAUGACCAGAGUGGCUGAGGAGGUGAGCAAUGCUGCCAAACUCCGGCUCCUGGCCAGUGUCCCAGCAUCCAGGUUCGUUUUCAAUCUCCAGGAGAAGGAAACUGUGGAGAAGGUUCUCAAAGAAAUGAAAGAUCUGUCUGAGGAAGAGUGUCCCCAGGCUGCUACAUGUAACUGCGAGAAGGGGGAAAGAGGCCUUCCUGGCCCUGCUGGUAAAAAGGGUCGCACUGGGGAUGAUGGAGCUCCAGGCCUGAAAGGAGCAAAGGGUGAGCCAGGUCUUAAUGGAAUCCCGGGACAGGAUGGAAUAGAGGGGAAAUCUGGAUACAAAGGAGAGAAGGGUACAAGAGGUGAAUGUGGAAUCCCAGGGAUAAAAGGAGACAGAGGUCCUGAAGGUCCAGCAGGCCCCAAAGGAACAAGAGGGCUACAGGGUCCACAAGGACAGCCUGGAGAUCAAGGGCCUGAAGGCCUUCAAGGAUCAAAGGGUGAGAGAGGUCUCCCUGGGCCACCUGGCUUGCCUGGAGAGAUUGGAAUAGGACUCCCAGGCCCAAAGGGUGACCCCGGUUUGACAGGAAGACCAGGCCCCAUUGGCCCACCUGGAGUUGGUGAGCCAGGACUUCUGGGGCCUCAAGGACCACAAGGUGUUCCAGGAGAAAGAGGUCCACCGGGAGAAGGGCUUCCAGGAGCAAAGGGAGACCGUGGGUUUGAUGGACCAAGAGGCCCUCGUGGACUUUCAGGCAUCGGCAUAAAAGGUGAAAAGGGUGAAUUCGGUCCUCCUGGUUUACCUGGGCCAGUUGGAUUACCUGGAAUUGGAAUUCAAGGAGAGAAGGGCAUGGAAGGCCCAAAAGGACCACCUGGCCCCAGAGGGCUACCAGGACAGGGACUACCUGGACCAAAGGGUGAACAAGGCUUGCCAGGAGAGACUGGAGUGCCAGGAGAAAGAGGUAUCGGAGAACCUGGUUCUAAGGGUGAGCCAGGCCCUUCAGGACUUGCAGGUCUGCCUGGUCUUCCAGGAGAAGAUGGAGCCCCUGGACAAAAGGGUGAACCAGGGUUACCUGGUCUUAGAGGUCCUGAAGGUGCUCCAGGGAUUGGAAUACAAGGGGAGAAGGGAGAUCAAGGUCAGAGAGGAAUACGAGGAUUAACAGGACCAACAGGAGUGCCUGGACCUGCCGGAGCUAAAGGAGAGCCUGGUGUGCCAGGUCGUCUUGGAAUGCCAGGCCCUCCUGGAAGAGCUGUGCCUGGACCAAAGGGUGACAUUGGGUUACCUGGUCUUGCUGGACCAAUUGGAGAUCCAGGUUUGGGGCUUCCUGGGGCAAAGGGUGACCGAGGUCUUCCAGGACCCCCCGGACCCUUUGGGCCAAAAGGAGAUGGUUAUCCCGGCCCACCUGGCUUGCCAGGCCUUCCUGGGAUUCCUGGUGAACAAGGCCCAGAUGGAGUUGGACUACCAGGACCUAAGGGUGAUCCCGGUAGUAGAGGACCAAUUGGUCUCCCAGGUCCCCCAGGAGAAGGCCUGCCAGGACCAAAAGGAAUCAUGGGACGCCCAGGGCUCCCUGGCUCUGUGGGACCUCCUGGUGAAGGUAUUCAAGGAAUUAAGGGGGAACAAGGAAUUCAAGGAAUGCCAGGACCACGAGGCCCCCCUGGAGAAGGACUUUUGGGACAGAAGGGAGAUCGAGGAGCUACAGGUGAAAAGGGGAAAAAAGGAGAAAAAGGUGAUGUGGGUGACCCUGGUUCAUCUGGAGAACCUGGCAAAACUGGACCAAAAGGAGAGCAAGGCCUAACAAGAGAAGAUAUAAUUAAAUUAAUUAAAGAGAUAUGUGGUUGCGGUAUUAAAUGUAAGGAAAUUCCUAUGGAGCUUGUAUUUGUGAUCGACAGCUCUGAGAGCGUGGGACCAGAAAAUUUUGAGAUUAUCAAAGACUUUGUAAUUGCUUUAGUAGACAGAGUAACUGUAGGCAGAAAUGCUACCAGAAUUAGCCUUGUGUUAUACAGUUUAGAAGUUCAGCUAGAAUUUGGUCUCAACAAGUACACCACUCGACAGGAUGUUAAACAAGCAAUUAGAAAAAUGCAAUACAUGGGAGAAGGCACUUACACAGGAACUGCUAUCCGUAAAGCAACCCAGGAAGGAUUUUUCGGUGCUCGAACAGGAGUGCGAAAAGUAGCUAUUGUGCUAACAGAUGGCCAAGCAGACAAGAGAGAAGCUGUAAAACUAGAUAUUGCUGUUCGAGAGGCUCAUGCAGCAAACAUCGAAAUGUAUGCAAUAGGAAUUGUAAAUACUUCAGAUCCAACACACGUUGAGUUUGUGCGUGAACUUAACCUGAUUGCUUCAGAUCCAGACAGAGAACAUAUGUAUCUCAUUGAUGACUUUAAUACCCUUCCAGCUCUGGAGUCCAAAUUAGUGAACCAAUUUUGUGAAGAUGAACAUGGUACCUUAAUCUAUAACCAUAAUGGAAAUGGUGCAAGCAUAAGAGCACCAUCUUUGCAUUCAGUAUCUUCAAGUUCUUUACAUUACAUACUACAGAACAACCAGGUUAAUAGACAGUCACUUUCAGCACAGACACCUGGAGUAUCUACAGUAGAAAGUCCUCUGAGCCUUGGUGAUCUUCCUCAACCAUUAGUUCCGACUAAAGUACCUCCUGUGGUAGUAUAUGAAGACUAUGAAGAGGAACAAGAAGAGGAACAGUCACACUUGCUAACAGUGGACACUAGAGCUGUGGUAUCAUUAUCGCCAUCCAAACCAUCAUCAUCAGAUAAAGCGAUGACAUCACCUCUUUCAACUGCAGGGCUCACACCAAGGCCAGAAAGUAUCCUGGACCUCCGAUGCAAGUUAAGGCUGGAUCAAGGGCCAUGCCGUGUUUAUGUCAUAAAAUGGUAUUAUGAUAAACAGGCCAAUGCUUGUGCUCAGUUUUGGUAUGGUGGCUGCGAUGGAAAUGCAAACCGCUUUGAGAGUGAAGAGGAAUGUAGAGAGGCUUGUGUAUUUUCUUCUGGAGAAAUGUAAUAUUUGGCAUGGAUUCUGCAAGGAAGACUUCACCUUUUUUAAGUGAAAGUGUUCUCACCGAUCUUAUUUUAAUAUUUCAAGCAAAAAAAUAUUGAUUUCCAAAUUACAUGCAGAAUACUACUCAGGGGUUACAAGAUAAAUAUGGCAAAUUGUGGCCUACAUGCUCUCCAGGUCACAAGACAGGGAGGUGGCUCAGCUACUCAGCAACCACAUCACAGUUACAUUUAGUCAUUUUUUCUGUAAACUUUCCUCCAUUGCCAUUACCUAGCAAGAUACAUGACAAACACAAUUUAAACACAUCCACAGAUUUAUAUGAGUGACUAAACUAAUAGCUGGCAUCACUAAAUUACGCUAGUUCUUGCCUAAAGUGGCUCCUGACAUGUUUCUCUUCUGGAAGCCAAGUAUAAUUUUUAAAUGUAUUUUAGUAAUCUGCUUCUUAAAAAAAAACAUUUAAAACUUAUAUUCAAAACAUAGAAUGCAGCAUAGAGUUUAUUCUUUAUUGCCCAUCACUGCCAUAUUGCUUUGUACAUUUAUGUCUGCCUGUAUAUGAUGUAUUUCCUAUUACUUGACUUACAUACUUAAAAGCUUGUUUCUAGUAAAACAUUUUUGGUU